AUGUCUCAGCCACUCAAUAUUGCUGUUGUCGGCCUUGGUCGCAUGGGCAAGCGACAUGUCCACACGCUCUUGUAUCGAGUUCCUCAUGCCAAAGUAGUAGCUGUGUGUAGCUCUACGCCUCAUGAAGUCGAGUGGGCAAAUGAGAAUGCCGAGUACAAAGAAUUUGGCAUCACUGUUUACAGCGACUACAACGACAUGCUCAACCAUGCUGGACUCCAGGCCGUUUGGGUUUCCACCAGCACCGAUGUGCACGCUAGUCAAUCCCUUGCAGCCAUCUCGAAGGGCCUUCACGUUCUUUGCGAGAAGCCACUUAGCACGGACAUGGCAGAGGCUCAAACUGUCGUCGACGCCGCCAAGGCGAACCCUCACCUCAAGGUCAUGGCUGGCUUCUCCCGGCGCUUUGAUGCUUCUUACCGCGAUGCUGCAUCCAAGAUAUACAACGACAAAGCCAUUGGGGAGCCUUUCAUGGUCCGCUCCAACACUUGCGAUCUUCUCGACGAGACUGGAUUCUUUGUUCGAUACGCAGCUCGAAACGGAGGCAUCUUUGUCGACUGUGCCAUCCAUGAUAUCGACCUGUCGCUUUGGUACCUUGGCAACCCACUUCCCAAGGCAUGCUGGGCCGCUGGCACACUUCAACACCAUCCUGAGCUGAAGGAACUAUCCGAUGUUGACAACGCUGUCGGUGUCGUUGAAUUCUGGGGUGGCAAGAUUGCCUACUUCUACUGUUCCCGAACCCAAGCUCACGGCCAUGACGUGUGCACUGAGAUCACGGGUAAGACGGGCAAGCUAUCUGUCAACGUGGUUCCAAAGGCCAACAAUGUUGUUCUGGCCGACCGCCUGGGCAUCCGACACGAGGUUCAGCCUGAGUACUGGCAGAGGUUUGAGGACGCAUUUGCAGUGGAGGCCAACGAAUUCGCCGAGUCGGUCCUGAAGGACAAGCCAGUCCCUUUGCCGAUUGAGGGUGGAAUGAUGGUUAUGAACAUUGGUCGGGCGCUGCAACAUGCACUGCUGACUGGAGAGGUUGUCAAGUUUAGCGAAAAGGGAGAGCGCCUGUAG